AUGAAGAAGGCAUCUUUUGGAAGACGUUCGUCAGCAGCUGGACGAAACACUUUUGGCACAUUUGGACGACAGAAUUCAUUUGAUGGCAAUGAUAUAAGAUUGAGUCGUCGAGAAAGUCGAGGUAUGGAAAAAAAAUCAAUGCUCUUGAAACCUGGAUUCUCAGCAAAAAAAAGAUCUGCAUCAUCAGACAAUUUAUCAGCACAUGAUCCAAAACAAUGGUCAUCAACAGUGAAGAAACCAGCCAACCACCAGAGGAAUACUUUAGUUCGUUCAACUACAAACAUGAAUAUUACUGGUAUAAAUUUAGUUGCGUCUACGCCAUGUGUUACACCAGGGCUCAAUCCAAAUUUACCUGGAAUAAAUUCUAGUUACAAGAAUCGAAGGUUAAGCUCGGAAUCACGUUAUAGUAACUAUGGUGGUGUAGUUAAGAAUAGAAAAGAAGUGCGACCAUUGACCGAAAAAGACUUUCAACAAACAGCUAUACAUAAAAUUCAAAACUAUUUUUUAACUGCUCCUAACGCAAGUCACAUUCUGAACAAUGGUAGUAUGAAGCCAAUGACAACUACUAUGUUUACUGAUAUGUGCGAGUAUUUAUUACAUAACCUAGACCGAAAUCAAGUAUUAAAUAAAAGCAAAUACAUGGAAGAAUUACCCAAAAUAAUGAAAAAGUAUUAUUAUAAAGGAAAAGUGGAUAGAUCGUGGCUUAUUACUGUAAAUGCUAGCCAUUCCUUUCCACAAGUAGUUGGCUUACUUCUUUGGUUAGUAGAAUUAUGUGAAACUCAAAAUCGGUUCAAUGUAAUGGAUACAUUGUAUCCAACAAUCCUUGAUCCGGAUGAGUCUGAAGACGAAGAUUACGAACAAACAGUGGAAUUUAAGAUGUACUUACCAUUUUUAUUAAAUUCAUAUCAAGUUGAGAGUAGAGGAUCUAGUAAACCAACAGAUCAAGAAUUCCUGAAGAAACAAGAAGAGCUCUUGCUGGACAAUUAUAAAAAGACACUUGGUAUUGAUGAGGAAGCAUUGAUUAAAUUAGAGGAAGAAGUUAAUAAUUAUAAAGAGGAGCUAGAUUUACUAAAUGACCUUACUGAAGAACAAAAAUUGGAGGAAAUAAAAGCAAUGAAAGCUGCAUUACAAAAAGAUAUUGUGAACUCAAAAAAAUAUAUCAAAGAUUUACAAACUUGUCAUGGAGAAGUACAGGAAUAUAUUUUAAAGAAAAAAGAUGAACGUAUUUUUCAAGAAAAAGAUAUAGAAAACUUACAAAGGGAAUUGAGUGCAGUCAACAGUUGCAUUAAUGGUCAACAGAUUACUCAAGAUGAUAAAAAAAAUAUUGAAGAAGAUAUAAUUAGUCUGAAACAAGACAUACACUAUGAAACAAAUUGUUUAGAAGAAUACUCAAAUAUUGUGUACUCUGAAGAUUUAAAUGUUGUUGAUGUUAGAUUAAAACUGGACAAAUUAUUCGUACAGUACAAUAAACUGUGUGCAGAAAAUAUGGUUGUAUUACCUGAACUUGAAAACGCAAUAGCAGAUAAGAAUGUACUUGCUUUGCACAUAAGAGAAUCUUUGAAAGAAGUUGAUGAAUUACUGAAAAGUUUAAAAAACAAAAGUGUUGAAAAACUGAAAGAAGUUGAACACAAAAUGGCAUCUAUACGAAUAGAACUAGAUUCAGCAGAGCUGGAGUAUAACAAAUUGAAGAAAAUCGCUGAAAAAUUAGAUCCUGAACGUGAUGCUGAUAAAAAACGUUUGUUAGAAAUUACUGAUCGUCAAUUUGAGGAAAAACAAAAGCACGAAAAUAAGUUGUAUGAGAUUCAAGCUGAAAUGAAAAGUAUUAAUCUCGAUAAUACCAAUGUUAAAAUAAAAACAGAAGAAAAAAAUAAUUUAUGUCAGCAGAUUAGUGAAAUGGAGGAGGAAAAGAAUUACAUAUUUACAAGAGCCUUUAACUCAUUGAAAAAACAUGCAGAACUAAUUGAGGAAACAAAAGAUUUUGUUAAGACACUCAGUGACCAGCUUUUACAAAAUAUGCAGUCUAUUAAAAGCAACUAUAUCCAAAAAUAA